AUGGUUGACUGUCUCCAAAAUGAUGGAAUUCCUGCUGAUUCAGUCUUCAACGAAGAUGGAACAGUGAAGACUGGCAAAGGAUGUCUCUCGGCUGUCAUUCAACGUUGCUUGUUGGGUGACCAUGUUGAGUAUGAUAUUAAAUUGAAUCACCCGAGGGGUCACACAUGGAGCGUCACGAGAAGGUAUCGUGAAUUCAACGAGCUUCGAAAGGCCUUGCACUCAAAUUAUGCCCUGCCAGAUAGCCAGUCGAUCAGAAUGCCGGCAAAAAGGCUAUUUAAUAACCUCUCCCUUGCUUUUGUGCAUCAACGCGGUCUUGAAUUGGAGGCCUUUCUAAACGGCCUUCUGACCCACUACACUCUCCCUCCGCCUCCACUUGCUGAUUUUAUUGAUUGGGAAAGAUAUGAUGUUCAUGGCAUAACAAAUUGUCUGGCCCGACAGUUGGCCAAGGAUGGUGACACCGUCUUGGACUCCAAUGAUGUCUUUGUCAUGCACGUUUAUCAGCUGCACGCAAUCAAUAAACGCAUGAUCUCACCUGUUUCUUUAAAUCUUUUUAAUAGACCGAACGAAGAUUUUGGCCGUGUUCUUGACUUCGUUUCUCGGGUUAAGCGCCUUAAAUUGCUCGGUUCGCUUGAUAAGCUCCACAAGAGCAACAUCGCCAUAAACACCCUGACCUUUGACAUGUCGCCGUUCCGAGGCCUUCAGUUUUUGGAGUUAAACAACGUUGAUCUGAGGCGAAUGCGAGGCUUCGAGCACAUCAAGGCUACUGUCACGCAGUUGACCGUCCAUCACAGUCUGAAGAACCUCAAGAACCUCAUGCUGGGUGACCUGUUCGCGGUGGGCGACGGUGAUUGGGUGCAUGGUGAAAACCCGAUCCCGACGCUCCCCUGGGAUCAGAUCAAGAUCGCGAACUUUUCUAACAACUUCCUUCAUCUCAUUGACCAAACAAUCGCUCUUCUGCCCAACGUCGAAAUUCUCAACCUUUCUAACAACCUGCUCACGGAAAUCGCCUCACUCACGUCUCUUCCGCUUCUCCGCGUGCUUUAUCUCUCGGAUAACCAACUUUACAUUGGAGAGGAGUCUAACUUCGUCCACAACGAAGGCUGUGAGCUGCUUCCUCCUGAUGCCACUGAUUUGCCCGAGGGUCUGGCUCUUUCCAAGACCUCCAUUUCCGCGGGAACCAGCGAGUCUUCAACUGAGCGGUGGAAGCGUGCUGUUCCCCUCAAACCUCUUCGUGAACGUCUCGGAGAAGUGCAAAUUCUGGUAUUGGCAAAUAACGGUUUGCGCUCCGCUUCAAUUGUGGAUGGCAUGUGCAGUCUACAGCAUCUUGAUUUGUCCGGCAACAAGAUCGACUCUUUCGCAGAACUGACGUACCUGGGAAAUCUCCCACAUCUGAACUCGUUAGAAUUAAUGGGAAAUCCGAUUUGUGAUCAUCCGUACUAUCGCCGCAAUGUGCUCGAUCUGCUAGGCCCUAGAUUUUCUCUGAUUGUACCGGACGGACAGAGAGUAACAACAUCCGAAAGCGAAAAUGUCCGGCUCUACCGGGCCCUAAAAAAGGGCGGUGCUGUCGUCGAGGGUGCCUCGCCCGCCACUGCUCCCGUUGGGCACAAAUCGAGCGCUCUAGUUGAUAAGACGCCUCCCCUGUCAUCUAAUCAGCCCAAAGACUGCACGAAUACGACUUCAGCCGCUGUCGCUGAGGGUGCAUUGCUUUCUUCCCUCCAACCAAACCAAGUCGAUGGGUCUAAUGUUGCCAGCUGGAGUGAAAACACACCAUCUAAAACAGCAAUUAUUGAUAAUCAUGCAAUUCAGAGUUCUUGUCUCCCUCCUCAACAUAAGCCGGUGCCUCAUUCCAAUUUAAAUACAGGAGAGGCUGAAUCGGAAUGUACUAAGCAUCACGAUUCAGAUGAACGGACAGCGUUAGAGCAAAUGCCCACACAUGCUCUACCGACAACUCCAAGUGCUGAGUGUCUUUUCACAGAGGUGAGCUGUGGCGCCACUCAACCAAAGACUACACAACUCGACGUUUUGCCUAACCAUGCGGAGGGGGACAGUCACCUGGAGCACCAAGUCUCAGACGAGGUAGUUGACAGUACCCUUGUGACAUCCGCCAUGAUAGAAGAGGAACCGGAAUUCCAGUUCGCCUCCCGUACGCCCCCGGCCACAAAGCGCGAUAGUGCCCUUGGCGAGCCUCCGUUUACGCAGUCGGAUAAACCCGCGAAUGAUGACAGGACUGAAAUGCCUAUUAACUUCGUAGAAGCAACUCCGGAUGAAAAUCCUGAAGGAGCCUCUUCUGUCGCUUGUCAUACCGAGGAAAGGCGUGAAACCGCUGUUACAGAGGAGUCUCCUGUCUCCCACGAUGAUAAAUCGGGCGCUUCUUCUACUCACUUGAAGACGUCUUGUGAUAUCCAGCUCUGUUUCGACCCGAAUGCUUCUGCUAUUUCUUCAGGGCUGUUGCGCCACCCUGAGGCAACUGGGGGAGAGGGUUUUUCCGUUGAGUCUGCACCAGACCUUGGCGACGCUCAACAGACUGCCCACCUCAAUACCACUGGAGACGAAGUCUAA